AUGAUUUCUUGCAUUCACAGCGCAGGGGAGCUCAAGUCGAUAUCAGACCCUAACAUUCCCGUUGGUGAGAGGCGCUCCCCUCAAGUCGGAUGGGGAAGUUCUUCCAAUCGUCAGCUUUCUCUCAGAAUCCGUCGCUCGCGGUCAGUCGCCGCUGGUAUCCGGUGUAAUUUGGAGAGGAGUGAUGAAGAAAUCGAUGCCUCCCGCCGGGGGAUGUCGGGAAGUCGGCGGGAGGUGCUCCUCGUCCCGGCACUCGCAGUCGGGGUUAACUGUUUUUUCUCAAUGGUCGCUGCGAAGGCUGAAGAGAAACCUCCAGUCUCCGAGGCCAGCAGCAGUGCCUUACAAGAAGAGAAAACGGAAAAAAAGGAAGAGAAGGAGAAAGCGGAGGCUGAAAUGGCUUAUCGGGUUUAUGAUGCCACGACGAUUGGGGAGCCGCAGGCCCUUGGUAAGGACAAAAGUAAGGUCUGGGAGAAGCUGAUGGGAGCGCGGAUCGUCUAUCUGGGUGAGGCAGAGCAGGUUCCCGAAAAAGACGACAGGAUUCUGGAACUCGAGAUAGUGAAAAAUCUCCGGAAUCGCUGUUUUGAGCAUCAGAGGCCCAUUUCCGUGGCUCUGGAGGCCUUUCCUUCUAAUCUACAAGAACGUCUCGAUCUCUUCAUGGAGAAAAGGUCUGCACACUUCCAUAAUGUUCGGGAAUUCCGUUCUGCCUUUGUUGACUAAUGUUGUUCCUUCAUUAUGCUCUCAAUUGUUAAUAGCACAUGCUAAAAUUUUGAGAUGUUAAUGACAGAAUUGACGGUGAGGCCUUAAGGUCGUAUACUUCUCACUGGCCUCCCCAGCAAUGGCAGGAGUAUGCACCUCUUCUUAAUUACUGUCGUGACAAUGGAAUCAGGCUCGUGGCUUGUGGUACUCCUCUGGAGGUAAAUUCCGGAGAAGUUUUUGCGGGCUUCUGUUGAUUUCAUACAUAAGUGUCGAAUUGCAAGGAGAGUUUUACUUUGGCCGGAUUUAUUAGAUACUUGAUAUAAGGAUUUUCUGGAUUUUAUCUUUCUUGAAUUUGCACAAGCUUCCGCUUAUAUUUUUGUCCUUGAAUAUCAGGCAAGCUUUUCUUGGCGUUCUUGAACCAAAAAUCUGUUGUCAAAUUUGAACAUCAUUGUCUGGUUUUGCAAAAAAAAAAAAAAAAAAAAAAAAAAAAAGGGUUCACCAGAGAUAUUAUGGCUGGAGGUACCAUAUUUUAGUGGAUAUCCUUACAUCAAAGGUCUUUUUACAAUAUUUGAAUCCAGCUAAGAUACUAAAGUGCACAUAUAAUAAUAGUUUCUCUUUGCGGGAGUUUCACCAUUCAUAAUUACUCUGAGUCUUACUUUUUCAUUUUGGGAUUGGCUGGAUUCACUUAUUAUUUCAUGUCAGACCUCUAUAACGUGGGCCCAAGCUACAGCUGCUUAAUUACCAUUGUGGGAUCCUAUAGAAUGGGAUCGUGUCUCGUUCUCAUAGGUAAAAGUAGAGUAGAAGUCCAUGAGCCCCCUGGAUGAUUGACAAUCGUCUCCUUGGUUGUACACUAUGGACUGAUGAACCAAGGAGCAACCUUCAAAAGUACGUUUAGAUGUAAGGAGUCUGAAGAAUGAAGGAAGAGACAUGUUUACCUCAUAGAUUUACGAUCUGUAGGAUAACAAUCUGCCGAAGAAGGAACUUUUGUAUGGUCUCCACCUUUUGAUACACAUUUUAGCAUUAAAUGAUUUUUUUUUCUGUUGACAAUCAUUGCGGUCCAACUACCUGAAAACAUGUUAUUUUGUGCUCUUAAUUUUUUUCCACAGUUUUCUUUCAUGUUAUUGUCGCAGAUCUUUCAUGGCUUAUCGUAUCAGCUACUCCUUUUUUAAUGUUAUCUAGUACGUGUAAACUUUGUUUUAAUUUCAGUCUUUUCCUUGUCAAAUAGGUUUUGAGAACUGUUCAAGCUGAAGGAAUUCGAGGACUGUCCAAGUCACAGCGUAAAUUAUAUGCUCCUCCAGCUGGUUCGGGCUUCAUUUCUGGAUUUUCUUCUACCUCUGGAAGAUCAUCAAUGGAUGUGAUUUCAUCAAAUCAGUUUGUUCCCUUUGAUCCGUGUUCCUACCUUUCUGCUCAGUCGAAAGUUGUUGAUGAUUACUCGAUGUCCCAGAUCAUCUUGCAAUCUGUGACAGAUGGAGACUCUCAGGGUAUGCUUGUAGUUAUAACUGGUGCUAGCCAUGUGAUUUAUGGAUCAAGGGGAAUCGGUAUCCCUGCUAGAAUUUCAAAGAAAAUACAGAAGAAAAACCAGGCUGUCAUUCUACUCCAUCCUGAAAGGCAGUACAUUCGUAGGGAAGGAGAAGUUCCUGUUGCUGAUUUCUUGUGGUACUCUCCAGCUAAGACUUGCACUAGAAAUUGCUUUGAUCGUGCUGAAAUUGCUAGGAUAAUGAAUGCAGCUGGCCGGCGGAGAGAUGCUUUGCCACAGGUGGUUUCCUUUCUAAAUCAUCCCCUUCUCCCUUCUGUGAUCUUAAUCAAAUGUCUACGUAGCACUGAGGUAGAGGGUAUCCCAUUUGAAAUCACAAGUUUAAUGUGAUAUAUAUGAUUUUAUUUUUUUAAUGUUUAGCGGAGACCACAGAAGAGUCACUUAUCCUGCUGAAUUUAGUAGCGUUAUCCUGCAUAUCUACUACCAUAUAUUCAAAAGUUUUUUACUACUUGCCCUCUCGUUAAUUGAUUUACUUUUGAGAUUCUACCAUGUGAUUUAUAAAGAUACACUCAUAUUGGUAUUGCUAGUGUUACAUUACAAGUUGAUAACUAGCAAAAAGUUUUGGAUGCAUUUAGGUCAAAUAUGGCAUUUAUCUGCUUUCAUAUGUAGUUCUCUUUUUCUUGCAACAUUAUAGAAAUCACGUCAUUAGUUCUCAAUGGAUAAUCCCAUUUCUUAUGUCUUUCAGGACCUUCAAAAGGGACUUGAUCUUGGAUUAGUAUCCCCAGAAAUACUGCAAAACUUUUUUGAUCUUGAACAAUAUCCUGUAAUUGCAGAACUUAUUCACCGUUUCCAGGUACAUACAUAUUUACAAAAAAUUCCUGUUUCCUUAAGGAAACCGACAGCUGCUCUCUUUAUAAUCAUUUAUUAUUUCUAUGAGCUUGGAAUUAAUGAUAUAUCAUCUUGAUAGGGUUUUCGGGAAAGAUUGCUGGUGGAUCCUAAAUUUCUUAACAGGUUAGCAAUAGAAGAAGCAAUAUCGAUAACUACAACUCUGCUGGCACAGUAUGAAAGGCGCAAGGGUCGUUUCUUUGAAGAGAUUGACUAUGUACUGACUGAUACCAUCAGAGGCUCGGUUGUUGACUUUUUUACUGUUUGGCUUCCUGCGCCAACUAUAUCUUUCCUUUCUUAUGCGGAUGGCAACUCUUUACCAGAGAAUUUGGGAGUACUAAAGAAUCUCCUUGGGUCUAUACCAGACAAUGCCUUCCAAAAGGCCCCAACUGGGGUGAACUGGAAUCUGAAUGAGAGAUUUGCAUCAGUGAUCUUUGGUGGACUGAAGCUCUCUGGAGUGGGUUUCAUUUCCAGCAUUGGAGCAGGGGCUAUUUCAAGUGCUCUCUAUAUCGUCCGUAAAUCUUUGAAUCCCUCAUUGGCUGAGAACAGAAUGAAGAAAAAGGCUUCCGUACUAAAAUCAGCACUUGUUUACGGAUCCUUUCUUGGAACAUCAGCGAAUCUGCGAUAUCAGGUACAAAAACUGCCGUAUUGCGUAAAUUCACGUAGUCGUAUACUUCAUAAUAAAAAAAAUUCUGUCAACCCAAUACACGACGCUCGAGUUUUAUUUUGUUAUUAUUGUCACUUACGUGCACGCUUGAGCUCCCUGAUAGGGCUGGAGUAAAUAAAUAGUAAGCUCGUAGUUUAGACUAAUUGAUCAGGGGGCAUCUUUUUUUAAUGAAUUGGCUUGAUUUUAAAUGCUAGGUUGGCCCAUACCUGUACUUUGCUCAUAGGUAAUGAUUUUCGGUACUAACUUUUGAUUCAUACUUUCUGCAGAUAAUUGCUGGAUUAGUGGAACACCGGCUAUCUGACUACCUGCUGUCAAAUUAUAAUGAACCACUCCUCGUGAAUUUGUUGUCUUUUGUUGUUCGUACCAUCAAUUCGUACUGGGGAACUCAGGUUUGGCUUCUUUUCACCUGUAUCUUUUUUUUCAUUCUUAAUUUUCCGUGCAUUGUUUUUCCCUCGUCAUGUCUGCAGUCACAAUGGUGAACAUAUUCAAGAUGUUUAUGAAAAAUUGCGUUUUAAUUUGAGAUAAAAACAUUUUCUGUGAACCCCACGGCCCGAAACAUGACGUGCUGUUGAUCUGUGAUCGAAUGAGGGAGAUCGUAUCUACUUUCAUUCAUUGCUUAAGAUAUUCCUUCUUAAAGUGUAGACUUUUCCGGGUUAUGCUUCUUCCUGUUGUUUUCGUUGGAUUUUAGCUAAAGCCGAUAUUUUUAAUUAAAGGGAAAAGGAAAUGUGGUCAUGUUUUGAGCCCAUGUUUUUGUUUUAUGGGACAUUAUUGUUGAGAGAAAGUAGCAUACUUUUCUAAGGUUUUCAAAUCUGUUUCCUUCAAAAAAUGAGGUGGACCCUCUUGGGUUUUAGCAGUGGAUACUAUUUAACCGCAGUCGUGCAUGCCAAUAGACAAUUCAUGAGAUGUGUUAGGGAUUUAACCAAGGGCUUUCAUAUUCAUACCCUAAUCGUGUAAUAUCUGAAAUAAUGGGUAAUUACUGUGAUCCUGCCUCUUCAUGAUAUUUUACCCUGGUGGUGGUUUAGUAUUUCAUCAUUUCGGCUAGUAUUGGUCUCUUCGAAAAUAUAAGUCCCACCUCCCAGCCCACAUGUAAUAAAAGUUUAUUAGGAACCAUUGCCGACUUCUUAAAACCGGGCUUUCAUAUUCAUUUCUUAUUUCUUAACGCUUUCUUAGGUAGCAUUGCCAGGCCGUUGGAUAUUCAACUUAACAUGGCAGGACAGUUUUAUCUUUUCCCAAACAAGAGUACAUUUAUUACUUGAUAGCAUAUUAUUUACAUCUUAUAAUAAUAUUGUCAGACCCGAUUUUAAUAUCGGAUGAUGAGCAUCCAGAGGAGACGAUAAAUGUUAUUAACAUGGAUGAUAAACCUGAACAUGUGGAGGCCGAUUAUUUUGAUAUUUUGCAUUUUCAGUUGAGUAGUGCUUUUCUAUAUUUCCUCACGUUGCUGACUUUUUCUCGCUAAAAAUGUUUGCAGCAAUGGAUAGAUCUUGCCCGACUUACAGGACUUCAACCACGUAAGGAGGCCAUUGAAUCUGCUGCGGUGCCGUCACUUCAGGAUGGAAUGACGUCUCGAGGUUCAGACGCUCUUGAGCCCCCCUCUCUCAUGGAAUGUAGUUCUACCAGCGCAACCAGCAUAGAGGAAAGAAGCAAUCAAUCCAGCGACAGCCCUUAG